UUUCCGGCCCCGCCUCCACAGGCCCCGCCUCCUCUGCUCCACGGUCCUCCUCGCGGCUCCGGGGUGCACUGAAGAUGGCGGCCACGGUGGGAAGGUUGCUGCGGGCUACGGCUGCCCGACACGUGAGCGCCAUCCCUGCCCCUGCAGUCCUCCGGCCUGCUGCUUCUCGAAGGACGGGCUUGACAAGUGUGUCGUGGUCUGCUUCCAGCCAAGCAAAAUUUGCCUUUAGCACCAGUUCCGCAUACCAUGCCCCGGCCGUCACCCAGCACGCACCCUACUUUAAGGGCACAGCCGUUGUCAAGGGAGAGUUCAAAGAACUAAGCCUUGAUGACUUCAAGGGGAAGUACUUGGUGCUUUUCUUCUAUCCUCUGGAUUUCACCUUUGUGUGUCCCACGGAAAUCGUUGCUUUCAGCGACAAGGCCAACGAGUUCCGCGACGCGAACUGUGAGGUGGUGGCCGUCUCCGUGGACUCCCACUUCACCCACCUGGCCUGGACCAACACGCCGAGGAAGAGCGGCGGCUUGGGCCCCAUGAACAUCGCGCUGCUGUCGGACCUGACCAAGCAGAUCUCGCGAGACUACGGCGUGCUGCUGGAAGGCCCUGGGCUUGCACUCAGAGGUCUCUUCAUCAUUGACCCCAAUGGACUCAUCAAGCAUCUGAGUGUCAAUGAUCUCCCGGUGGGCCGAAGUGUGGAAGAGACCCUCCGCCUGGUGAAGGCAUUCCAGUUCGUGGAAACUCAUGGAGAAGUCUGCCCAGCAAACUGGACCCCGGACUCCCCUACGAUCAAGCCACAUCCGACUGCUUCCAAAGAAUACUUUGAGAAGGUGAAUAAGUAGAUCAUCCCGUGCGUACCCACAGCUUCUCAAAAGAACCACAGUUGGAACUCUUAGCAUUUCAAAGAUGAUUAUGUAUGGAAGGCAAGAAAGCAAUUAUGCUUGCUUUCAUAAAUAUUACUCUAAAUGUUUUUGUACAUUGGCUAAAGCUUUUUAAGCAUAGUUAGUUACUAACCUGAGUCCUUUGCUGGUAACUCUUGAUGGCCAGCUGUGUAUAGACGGCCUGGCCGACCACCCGUUUCUUCAGUCACGUCUUCCAUGGGAAGCUCUCUUCUUAGCCCUGCUUGAACCUUUGUGUGCCCCAGUGCCGGACAGGUACCACAAGCCCCUGAUCAAGGGUCCUGGAAUUCUCUUCUCAAAUUUCUUUGUAUUAAACUGAAUUUUCUUUUGAGGUAACAAAGAUCAUGGUUUUGUUAGCAUCAGCAGUCUAGUUUAAAUUCAGCUCUUGGAGCGGAGAUACAUAUGAUGUAACAAAUGUGAAUCAUGUUUUUAAAAAAAGCACAGUGGCAAAGUGACUUCACCGGUCAUGCAUGUUGCUCGUCCCUGAGAUUUGUAGUUUGCGUAAUUUUAUUUGUUAGCUGACUUGGUGUCUACAUGCAUUUCUAAAGAUCAGUCGAAGGUGAUUAUAGGGGAUAUUUAUUGAAUCCAUGGAUUGCAUUUUGAAAUCAAUGUAAUUAUAUUUUCUGAAGCACUCAAUGUAAAGUAUAUAAUAAAAAAUAAACAUUUUAAAAUAUUUGCAUUUUUAA